AAACUGAGGCAACAUCGAGAACUCACCGGAAAAAAUGGAUGCCGGAGCUGAAAUUGAUGUGGUUCAGCCGGUGGAGAACGAUUCCGCGGCGGAAACUGGUCCAACCCAAGACCACGGUGGAAGAUCGGAGCCGUCGUCGUUGAACCAAGGGGAGAUUUUGAGAACACUUGCUACGGUGGAGAAGGAUUCGCAGGCAAUCGCGGAGAGCUUUUCGUCUCUCUUUGUUUCCCUCCGAUCAACUCUCUCUGAGGCUACUGGUAGCUCGGUUGAUCACAUGACUUGCUUUGGAGAUGCAGCGGGACGGCUUCAGGAAAAUGCCCUAGAUGCAGCUACCAAAGGGAACCGGUACAUCAACUCUUGCCUCAGACUAAACGAAGAAAUUAAAGGCGUUGAGAAUUUGGCUGCUCGGUUAAAGCACCUGAGGAAAAAUGUAGAUGUUCUUGACACGGCUUCUCUUUUGGAUAGAAUUUCCAAAAUCGGUGGUAAGCUGUCUCCAGCUCCUACUUUACCAGAAGUACAGCUCUCUCAAUAUGUUCCCUCUUUGGAGAAGAUUGCUACCCUGAAGUUGCUUCAACAGGUUAGUGCACUCAUGUUUCUGACCUGGUACAAUAACAAUUACGAAUCUAGCUCAGUUGGUCCUUUCUUCGACUUCUCAACGGAUGAGACGAUAUCAGCUGAUGCUGUAAGAAACAAUUUCGUUGACAUGAAAGUUGAUCACAUAAAGGGUGUUGUAAUUUUUGGAAAUCUGAGUAAUGAGUCUGAUGGGCUGAAAGAACCUCUGGCUAUUUUUGCUGAGACUAUGAACAAAGUAAGAUCGAUGUUAUUUCCUGCCCCAAGUAAAGCAUCAAAGGUUGGUGACGUAGUACCAAAUCUAGAGGAGACUGUAGAAAAGGAGCACAAAAGACUGCUUACUCGGAACUCAAUCAUUGAAAAGAGGAAGGAGGAACAAGGGCGUCAGCAACUAGAGAUGGAACUUGAAGAGAAGCAGAGAAAGCUUAAGCUUCUGAAGCUAACCAAUGAGACAGAACAGAAGAGACUUGCGAUAGAGCUUAAGGAGAGGAGAAGACACAGAAUUCUUAGGGGGAUAGAGGAGAAAGUAACAAAGCAAACCGUGAUGGAGAAGGCCAUGAGUGAGAAGCGCAAGGAAGAUCAAGAAAUGGAGAUGAAGCUCCAAAAACUUGCCAAAACUAUGGAUUAUCUGGAACGGGCAAAGAGAGAAGAAGCUUCCCCUAUGAUCGAAGCUGCAUAUCAGCAACGACUAGUAGAGGAAAGGAAUUUUUAUGAACAUGGGCAACAGAAUGAGGUCGAGCUCAGCAAGGAACGUCUUAAGAGUGACCUGAAGGAGAAAAAAAGGUUGGCCAGAAUGUUGGAUAAUAAGGAAAUAUUCCAAGAUAGGGUGAGUAGUCUUCAACAAGCUGAGUUUGAGAGGAUAAGAAAAGAGAAAGAGGAGCAUAUUGGCCAAAUAAUUCAAGCCAGGAAACAAGAAAGCGAUAGUAAGAGGAAACGGAUAUAUCAUUUGAAAUCUGAAGAGGAAAGGAUAAAAAAGCUUCAGGAAGAAGAGGAAGCUCAUAGGCGUGAAGGUACGCCCUCGACUUCCAUAGAAAAAAGAUUUGGUCAUUUUAGCUCAUUAGGCCUCAGUGAAGAAUAAUUUAGUCAUGAUUUUCCCAAGAUUUAAAAGUGUGUAAGACUCGUUUUCAGUUGUGUAAAACCUUUUGCAUUGAAUAAGCUUUUAUUUUCUAG